AUGAAAUUGUUUGGUAGAACUAAAUCAGCUCCAAAUACACAGGAGACAAUCGCAAGAUUGAGACAAACUAUAGAGAUGUUGGAAAAGAGACAAAAGUUCUUACAAGAAAAGGCCGAUAGAAAGGAAGAAGAAGCAAAGAUGUUUGUUGCAAAGAAAAAGAAAAGAGUAUAUCAUGAUUUACUAAUCUGUCUAAUCAUAUCUAUCCAUACAGAGGCUCUAUUAUGUCUUAAACAAAGAAAUACAUAUCAAAAUGAAGUUAAUAAAUUACAAGGAACAUUCGAUACACUUUCAACUCAAAUAUUUGCAUUAGAAAAUGCAAAGAUGAAUAUGGAGAUUAUGGAUUCAAUGAGAAGUGGAGCACACCACUUGAAGGAAUUACAAAACAAUUUAACGGUGGAAAAGGUCGACGACACGAUCGAAGAGAUUCAAACACAAAUGGAAGUACACGAAGAGAUUUCACGUGCCAUCUCUCAACCACUUGGCACUCAAUUGGACGACGAAGACGAUUUGUUGCGUGAACUCGAGGAAUUGGAACAGGAAUCACUAGACUCUCAACUCCUCAACAUCAAGGCACCACCAACCAAAGAACCACAAAUCAAAUUCCCUACUGCCUCUACCGUCAGACCUGAACUCUCAAAGGAAGAGGAAGAAUAUAGAGCUUUAGAAGAAAGUUUAGCAAUGUAA